CGAGGAAAAUAAGGCCGUUGACAAAUAGUCAACGCAGCCGGAUAGGGCUAGCUGGACACCACUGCUGCAUAGCGGGCCUGCCCUCGGAGGGAACAAGCGUCGCCGUACGCCUUCGUGAGCACGUGCACGCUACCAAGAGCGGUGGAAAGCAAGCGAGGUCACCAGCGAUUGGUCAAUCAUGUUUGGCUUGACACCCCGAACGAAGCCCUCGCCUCGGCACGCGAAGGGGCAGACCGCAGGCGGCAAGGACGGAGGAGAGUUUCCGGCCGUGGGGAGGCGCGUUCGUACGCUUCCAAAGGGGCUCCUUGGUGUUGUACGUUGGGUGGGUCCCACACACUUCUCGGCCGGAGUGUGGGUCGGCGUGGAGCUGGACACGUGCGACGGCAGGAACGACGGGGAGGUUCAGGGCACGCGGUACUUCACGUGCUCGGCGGGACACGGCGUGUUUGUCAGGCCCGACAAUGUAUCCCCCACCAAAGAGGGCGCCUCGACGGCUGCACCACCGGCAUCCGCUUCCUCCGCAGAUCGACGACGGCCGAACCCUGGAGGUUUAGAAUUCGCACCGACCCAGUUGACCCGGAGAGGCUCCCACGCCUCGCUGUUGUCGGAAAACGUUGGCGGCUCCGGUCUUCCCUCGAACACUUGGGCGCCUGGAUCGGAGUCGGGCAACGCUCGCAAGGCGUUGGACAAGGGCAAACGCACCGGCAGCGGCGACGACCCGAUGAUCGGACAGAUACUUGCAUCCGAGGCGUUUUUUCGCAUCCUAUCGGACACCGUAGCGGAGCGCGUCAAGACUGAGAUGGCACGCAAGGAAUUCCAAAUGAAGGCAGACUCAGAAGCGAUGCUGAGUAGGAUGAGCCACGUGGAGCGCGUGGUAGAGGAUGCCGGCGGGGCCAUGGACGAUAUUGCGUCGAUGGUUCAGACGAUAUCGGAGAGCAUCGAGGGACGGCCUGCCGAUCUGGACUUUAAGGGCGCCGCGGCUGGCGGAGUUGGCGGCGGUGAUGCUGGAGGCGGAGGGCGUGACGAUGCGCGCGUGGCGGAGCUGACGAAGCUCUUGUGCACGGUCCACGAUAUGUCUUCUCAGGCGGCGGAACUCCUUCGAGCCGAGAGGAAGCAGAAUCAGGACCAGGUGAAGCGCUUGACUGAAAGGCUCCAGGAGCUGGAGACCAGGGGCAGGGUCUCCGCGGCAUCGCCUAAGCCCAUGGAGGGCUAGUGAAGGAGCGGGGGGGGUUAGGAGAGGGAAGUUGUCAGCCGGGGCACCGCGUCCCACACCAUGAAUCACGUCCAUCCAUUCAUUUUGUUACUCAUGUUAAAUGUGUGUGUACAUUUCUUUUUUUCUAGUGUUGUAGUAUAUAGCGUGUUGUUUUAAGAGCGCUCGGUCCCCCAGACUUGCUUGUGUUGUGCCGCCGUCGCUAUCGGUGUGAAAUGCUUUGCUCUGAUCGAGAGCUCUCCGACAGAACGAGGGAUUGACCUGGGUAGCACGCAGUAAGGGGACAAGUGGACCAAGUUGCGGUUGACGCAGAAGCCGAAGCAAACAGCACUAGCAGCAGCGGGGUCUCCACUGUCGCUGUUGUCAUCGCUGUGGUGGUUACGUGAAGGCAUGUGGAGCGCCCCCCCCCCCCCCCCCCCCCCCCCCCCCCCCCCCCCCCCCCCCCCCCCCCCCCCCCCCCCCCCCCCCNCCCCCCCCCCCCCCCCACUUCCAACCGCGAAACCCCGAAUGAACUACUUCUGUCGCUGUUAUUCCUGUUGGUUGAGAAGGCCUUUGUGUUCAGCUCUCGCCCGUCUGUCGUGUGACUCGUCUGUUGAUGUAUGCGACAGGGCGCACGGGGCAGUUUCGGCCGUAAUGGAUUACUUGUUGUAUUUUCGUGUUUUCUUUCAGAUUUCGUGUUCCUGAGCGCGCUCCCCAACAACGAACGGCGUCGUGCGCCCCAUGCGCGGGGCUUUUGUGUCUUCAUCGUGCGUAAGUUAGAUGUAUACCACCGCAGGGUAUUCAGUUGCAUCGGUUGCAUGAUAGAGAUCGCGGUAUCGUAUGUAUUCGCUCGCUGCUGACCUUUCCGGCCAAUUAUUCAGCUGGCGGGGUGAUGGACACCGGGCCGGUGUGUGGCGGAUGAUGUGUGCUGGUAGAUGAUAAUGUUUCGUGCGUUUUUUUCCCUCAUGGUCGUCGUCGUCAUCAUGCUCCGAAGACCAAGUUGCUCGUAAGUUCUGUGCCAUGUCUACACAGACAUCAACAUCAGGCAAGCGUUCGUCUCUCAGGACCGCGAGCUCACGCAAACGGUGCCGGCAAAGUUCAGCAUCCGUUUCCGUGAAAGACACCGCGCGGUUCUCGUCUUGUCAGUAGACUAGUUGUAGCAUUGUAGCACUGUAGCAGCCUGGUCGUAUUCACCUCUUGUUUCCCUCCUUUUCAAGCGUCGGAAAUUUGAGACUCGUGUCGUACCCAUAUCCUUGCUUGGUCCGCCUCUCGUUGUGUUUUUUUAGGUACACGGCGUACCCCCCUUUUGUUUGAUUUCUUGCGUUUGGACUAAUACUGCUGUAGAUGCGUCGAAGCUGCAAGUGUCUUGGUUUCCUGGGUGGAAGAACUACGACUCUAUGGAGCAAAGUCGCUGGGGAAAGAGGAGUUUCUUCGUCGUUGCACUAGCUGUUAAUUUUUUUUCCGAAGUUUUCGUCAUGCCUACGAAUCCAUGAAAAUGGGGCAGGGGGGGGGGUCUUGUACCCUUGGCGUUGUUGAAAAAAAGUAGAAGCCGCUGGGAACCUAGAACAAACCAGGAAGAGGCCUUCGUAGUAUCAUGCAGAGACUGAAGAAACAGCAGUACUGUUGCCGCAGGUAUACCGUUGUACCACCGUGUUUGGCGGGCAGCCUAUGGAGCAAAGGAGAUGUUCUCCACUACUGCGAAACAGAGCGUGGAUGAGCGAGCUGCCGUACUCCUCGGUUGGCCACGGAAGGAACCAUGCACCGCUGUGAGAUGGACCAAUAGGCUUCUUCUGCGCAACCGAUUAGUGUUUGUGCUCGCACACGAAGAUGUGUGCGAGCGGG